AACGACGAACAAGCAACAACAAACAUUCUUUGUCCAGUAUUUAAAGGAAGCAGGGCAUUCUUCUUGAACCUACAUUACAUUAAUACAACUCCUAAAUACAUAAAAGUUCAAGUUAACGUGUCAUUCAUCCUCUAGAGGCUCGUACACACGUUUCAUUACACGCCUGGACCCUGGAACCAAGGAGCAUUAUAUAGUCACGUGUGUAAAUACUCUAGACGCGGCCAUCCUAGGAGCUAGGCUCUGCUCUGAACCUUGCAGCUGCAUAAAGUCGAGGUGAAGCUGUACCAAAGCACAACGUCGCUCUUACUUAACUUGGCGAUGAAUCUCGAGUGCGGUGUGCCGAUUGCCGCCUAAACAGACAAUGGCAUCCAGUUCCCCGCCACCAGGUUCAGGUUCAGGUUCAAGUUCAGACAGUGAAAGUGAUGAGGAUGUAUAUGUCGUCAAGCGGAUCCUGUCCGAAGGAGGUAGGGACGAAGAACGGGUAUUCCUUAUCGAGUGGGAGGGGUAUCCCCUUUUAGAAUCUACCUGGGAACCCGAGGAAAAUGUCCUAAGUAAGGACACAUUAAAGGCAUGGCAAGAAGAAAAGCUCCGUCAACGAGAAGGUCUUUCCGAGCCAUUUGACACCGAUGAGUUCGACAAGCUUAAAGAGGAGUAUGACAAGCGCAAACUGAGGCGAGAAAAACUUGGGCUUCCACCACAAUCAAAGACCUCGAAAUCCGAAAGCAAGGGAGAUUCCUCCAGCGAUGAAGCCGAGGAGGCCUAUGUUGAAGUUCCAGACGCUGAAGGAAUACCACUGUCAAAGAAAUCACAGCAAGCUCGGGUAAAACGCCGCGAUACUACUCUCAGUGACGAUGAUACUGUUAUGAAUGAUGCUCCUACAAGUGAAGAUCGAUCUAGAAAAGAGGCCAGACCCACCAAGAACGGGACCGAGACAAAGGCCAAAGUUCACAAAGCUCCAAUAAUAGAAGCACCUAGCGCAACAGGUUAUCAAGGAACGGCUCAUAGAGGCCCGGUCUCCCACUCUGCCGAUGCCCCAAGAGAGCGAUCAGGAAAAGGAAGGCCGCGUACGACCGGACGGGGUAGCCACAUGGCAAUGUCAAAACCCAAGGCCCGAAGAACCAUCGAGAACAGGAUCUUAACUGAAACCCGUUCAAAGGAGGCAAAGGCACCGCAACUCUUUACAAACAAGAGCCAGGAACGCAGAUUCGAAUUGGGUGCUAGGGGGUUGGCAGAUCGUGCUCCUGCGCAACUGCCCCGCCUGAUGAAUCCAGCCGAGUACCGUAUUCGGAAGAAGACCUCAGUGCCAGUUCCCGGGGGAGCUCAAAGCACACAGACGCCAGUCUCUACACCAGGUGACCAACAACCGGUUCCCAGUUCAACGGCGGCAACGGCACCUAUGGUAUCUAGUCCCGAAGAGUUCAUUCCUCAACAGGAGGCUACUGCCGUCGGAUUUGGGGAAGAGCAGCCAAACCACUCUCCUAUUGCCACAUUUCAUCCACCUACUGCACCAAUGGGCUCAACUUCUUCAAUUCCAAUUCACGGCCACCCAGCCAGUUCCGGAGCGCAAGAUGUGGCAAAUGUCCUUCCAUCAGCACCAGUACGAAAAGUAUCACUGGCUAAUUACUCUGCGAAACAAAACGGUGUCGCGCCGAAACCAGUCUCUAUGUUUAAUCAGGCGCAGGGUGGUUUGAGUGAGACUACUCUGAAAUCAUUCUUCGGGGAUCGUCAGGCUCAAGAUGACCCUCUUGUCCUAACAUUUAUUGACGUUAGCGUUCACAACAUGGCCUGGGGGGCUGCGGCCCAACAACUCCGAAGCAAAGAUCUCACCUUCAACUACAUCUGUCGAUCUACAGAUGUCGACAACUUCAAGUCGGAGUUUAAUCCCACUUUAUUGGCAAGAGGGAAGGUUACCGCAGGCACUGGAGAUGACCAGAAAGUCCAAGACAGUAUCUCCGCCCUGGGUGAUUAUUUAAGAGUUAACAUUUCCGGUUUGCUUUAUAACUUGGAGUCUCUCAAUGUUGUCAUAUACCCGACACGAUGUGAAGAAUGGAAAUUUAUCGAGUCCGGUGCUCAGCUUCAGCACAGCGGUCAACUAUCGUUUUUUUCGUUCACCACGCCAUCAAAACUCGUGUGCCCGUCUUAUAACAGAGAGGCAGAAAGUAGGAUGUCCAAAAUGAAAGUUAAUGGAUGUGAGGACUAUCAACUUCUAAGCAGGGCAAUAUUUGGAUUCAGCUACCAAAGUCUCCACCAAGUCGACAAGAAAAGCCCUCGGGACUCGUUUUUUCUCCUGUUCCCUAACAUGACAGCCCCACUUGCAGACCAUACGGCUGCCUGGUUACGGUCCUCAAACAAGGAGUGCAGGAUAUAUACUUGCCAGCAAGCUGGGUCUUGGCGCCAAUUUGUGAAAUACACUGGUAAUCCAGAGGGAGGGAGCCUGAUUAUCCACCACAAGAUGAUCUCCUUGAUUCCGAGAUACCCAGAGCUUCAAAAGUUCUUGCUCAACGGAUUAAACAACGUGUGGUGUAUAGAUGAAGAUUUUCCAAAGGGCAAAUACUUAAUAAGGCUCUUUCCCCAUGGAGGAGCGGUAUGCCUAACCUCGGGAUUCCUAUCCGGAGAACCAGAAAUGGCUCUAUUCUUCUUGAACUGGUUCUUGUCGAAAAGGGGGGGGUCUCGAGCUUCAUCUGGAACUUGGAAGCUACUCGUAUGCCGUGAUAUAUAUAAAUUUGUAUCUGACCAGGCAAUCGGCGCUGCCAAACGAAGAGCGAAACUUCUUGAGACCCUUCCAGCCGGCCUUACUGAUUCUCAAAUACAAUCUAUUGCUACCGGCAUCGGACUAUCAAUGAAGAAUUGCAAAGAUCGUUUCGAUCUUAUGGAUGUGGUAGGCAGACUUGUUCACCCGAAGAACGAGAAGGAAAGAGAUCUCGACGCCGUGUUGCAAGCGGAUGAUACUCGUACCCUAAUAGUAUUUGCGGAUGAAGAGAUUAAGCCGUCCGAUGACCGUGGGCUCAUCCGCUACUUCGCAUAUUGGUCGGUUCUUCAUUUGAAAAAAUUCCGCAAAUUCGUUGCCAUCGGCUCGAAAACAAGCCCUGAAGAGCAUGAGGAGGCGGCUGCACAGCCGCCAAAGAUAUCAAAUUCCUCCGGCACAAAGCCUCCAUCAGAAAACACACCACAGGAUCGGCCUCCGUCUAAGAGCCCUGGGACAUCGAAGUGGAAGCGCAGCUGCUUUGCUUCUGUAGAUGGAGCAGAUGACGAUGACGAUUAUGAGCCGACCAUCGAGCCUCAGCCAGAUACGACUCAAAUAUCAGAGACAGAUGACUUGAACGCCGGCGUCGCUCCAGAAGACUUAAACCUAGGGGUUCUUAAAUUUAUCGUCGAAACGGGUGUAACCUACAUUGUGGCGACGGAUUUCAUGAACCGGGCUAAGGGCAACCACGAACGGGCAAUGAUGCUCUACGAGUUUUCAAAAAAGGCCAAAAAGCAGGCUGAAGAAGCCGCUGGUGCGCCGGUGGCAGCUGAGACGCCGCCGGUUCCUCCUACACCUGUCACCGAUGCAAAUGUAGCGAUCCCAUCCACCGAGGCCGUCACCACCGAAGACGUCGUCAUGGAAGACGCACCACCUGUCGCACCGGACGCUGCACCGUCUACCCCCCAACCCACGGAUACCAAUUCCCCGGCCCAAAACAACGUCCCGGAUGCCCAACCUUCCUCUCAGACCUCAAACUCAGGCAUCAUAACUUCCGAAGCCGGCCUCCGCUUUGUCCCACGCUCCGUGCGCUCAUCUGGCACAGUGCGAAACGAGCUGAAUAUCCGACCUGGCUAUGUUCCGCCGGAGGAUAAAGAGGUGUACAAAGUGAGCCGCGGACGCUCAGGGAGUGUUGAGAGAGCGUCGAAGUCGAGGUCGCGGAGUGGUUCUAGUGGUGUAGAAGAAGGGGGGAUAGGUAGUGGGGCGGCAUCAGCAUCGGUGUCGCCGGGUGGUGUUUUGACGCCUGUUACGCCUGCUACGCCUAGUGAGUGGCGGAAGGAUCAGAUCGAUCGGAUGGAGGGGGUUAAGGGGGCGGAGGAGGGGAAGGGGGAAGGGAAGCUUAGUACGUUGGAGUGGUAUGCGGAGAUGAAGUUGAAGGGGGUGGAAUGGAAUCACAUCGCUGUUGUGGGGUGGGAAGACGCGUUUAAGUUGCUGAGGGUUGAGUAUAAGAAGAAGUGAUACCCUCGGUUCUUUGCAUUGCUGGUUAAUGUUGCUUCACUGGCGUCGGCUAUUUUUUGCGAGUAGGCUAUCUUGCAUCAUUCAUGGAGCUUAGGGCUGGCGUAUAUUUCAGAAUUCAGGGAGCUUAGGACUGGCGCUUAGUUUAGAAGAUAUUGCUAUCUUAUAGCACUAAUCGAAUAGGCUCAGGAGUCAAUAACGUCUAACAAUUAAAG